AUGGCCAAAACUACGAGUUGCUUCGCUGCGCUAGUUUUCGUUCUUAUCGCGAUACUGUUUUGUCAUGCCACCGAUGCCCAGUGCCCAGACCAGUGGACAGCGCUGAAAAAAGACUGCAUGCAGUUUGUCAGAAAAGCAUCGCCCGCUCCGCUUCCGCCGUCUCAGCAGUGCUGCAAGACGGUCCAGAAGUCCAACUUGACCUGUGCCUGCAAGCACGUCGAUAAGGAUCUGCUAAAGAAAAUCAGUAUGCAGAAAGUUGUGACCGUGGCUAAAGAUUGUGGUUGCCCCCUCAAGCCUGGUAGCAAAUGCGGAGAUUACACGGUGCCUCCUCCACUAGGUGGCAUGUAG